CUGCCAUCCCUGAUGAUCCCUCGGCCCGCCGCCGCGCCGACCAACCGUGAUGAGAUGGUAGCAGCUAAGACAGUCCUGCCUCGGAAGGGAAUGGUGCGGCUACAAGCCAUUGCAGCCCCGGAGAAGGAUAACAAGACUGCUGAUAAAAAGAGGGGGCACCGCCCUGCGCCCCAGAACCACCGCAAGCUCGUUACUAAGCAGAAAAACGCCGUACGGAGGGCAAGCGAUGCUACCGGAGAAGAGGCCAAGGAACCCGCUACGCUAAACCAGUUUCUACUCGAGCUCGAGGAACCUGAAGGUGUGCCACCCCGUAAACGUUUGCAUCGGGGAAAAGGGGCUAUUCCCAAACAUGUCAACAAGAAGAUCAUAGGCACUUCAGAUCAGCGAACCAUUUCCGGAGUCAUACAAGCCGCAAAACGGCAACUCAACGCCGGAGAACUGCGGGGAAAAACGCUGACUGUUUUCUCGGACUGAUCCGUCUGUUGCCAAUUUGCCAAUCAACCGUCGCUUACUUAUUUUUCGUUAAAAUGAUGUAUAUAACCCAUUUUUGCAAAAAAAAAGUGUAUAUUAAAAAAAACUGUAGAAACUAAACAUUGCGUUUUCUCAUUGUGAUUUCUUUGUAACGUGAAAGGGUGUUUUUGCACUAAUACAGGAAGUUUUGUCUAUGAGACCUUUUUUACAAAUACAAUGAAAAGUAAUG